UAAAAACUCACAUUGAGCCUCAUGUGCUUUUUGGCCAUUCUGUCUGCAAACAUUCCUCUCUCAGCCCGUUGGAGUCACACAUCGACUGUAAACAUGAACAUCUCGGGGAUACAUCAGGGGAUGCUCAGGAUGUAUGGUGGAUUUAUUUUCAAACAGUGGAAGAAAAGAUUUCUCCUUAUAACUGCUGAAGGCAGUCUCCUGGUGUGCCAUGAUGCAUCAUCCCCUCCCAGCCAGCUGGUACUCUUGCAAAACAGUUGUGAGGCGAUUGUGGAAGGCAAGGAGAUCUUGGACCUACCUAAAUUACCCUCCGGCGGGGGCAGAGAUUGCUGCUUUGCUCUGAUCCUGCCCCAGAAUAAAUAUCUGCUGCUGCUGGCGGAAACCUCUGCAGAGUGCAGCCAGUGGGUGAACGUGCUGAAAAAAGUGAAAAAGAGUCUCUCAUCACCUCUCAGUCCUUGCAAGCGACAUCAGAUGCCACAACCACGUAUUACUCUCCGAGAUCUUGUGCCUGAGCAAAUCCUGGAUAAAGAUCCACCAACUCCACCUGUCAGUGACACAGAGUCAUCCUCCCCUGGGCCGAUGACUGGCGCUUCCCCGAAGGAGAGAGGCAGGAAUUCUUCCCGUACUAAGUAUCAUAAAGGAGGUGCAUAUUCAGUAGGCUGUUUGCGUCACGGCACUAUCAAUAAUGCCCAAGCAAUGAAGGCAGUUUAUCUGCUGAUGGGAGGGGCUGCUGCUUCCUCUGCCAUGGGUUAUUUAGGCACAUGCUCAUCUUCUAAUCUGGAAGCCAAAGCCCCGGAUCCGCCACUCUGCACAGAUUUCUCCAGCAUGGGACCAGCAGGAGGUUACCACACUGGCACUCCUGCACUCGACUCCCCCCACUUUAACAGCUUUGACUUUGAAGUGGCAGACUCUGAUUUUGACGCUUUUGAUUGUGGUGGAUUUACUUUCUAAUAAUCUGCUUGUUGGAGACUGUGGAUACGCACAUAUUUAAUGGUACUGAACAAGUUGUUCCCACAUAUUUUGUCAAAAUGACAAAACCACGUGAGGAUAUUUUAUUAAGGGAUCAAUAAAAUAAUCCUGAAUGUCAGUCAGUAAACCUGCAAUAAUAGAAUUGUUGCUCAUGGGUGUAGUGGCAAUGAGUGUGAAUUCAACACUGACACAAAUGUGAUGUGCAUUUAGGCAAUAAUACUGAGGUUCAUCAUUUUAUUGUUGUGUUGUUUUGUCACUAUCAUUUAUCAUAAAAAACAUCAAUUACAGCAACUUUAAUAACACACGUGACUCCAUCCUGUGGAAGAAUAUUGUGUGCUGUUUUGGUUUAAAUGUUCCUCUGUGUUUAAUGGAGGCUCUGGAUAUUAUGGGUACUAAUUGAAGACUGAUAGCAUGAUACACUUAAGUACCAUUUGUGCAUAGUGUUGAAAGAGUCUUAAAAAUUAUGUAAUAACCCAGAUUGGAUUAAAAUCCAUCUGUAAUAGAUACAUUGACAGUGUUCAGCUUCUGACCGAGGACAAACUACUAGAGCUCCCCUUAAUAUUUUUUCAGGUACUGUGUUCCUUUCAAACAUUCAGCUGUUAAUUGUCCUUGGAUUUAUGUUACAUUCAAAGUAAUUCUGUCUGAGUUCAUUUCCUUUAAAUGAAUAAAAGCUUUGUGUGGAAA